AUGGCUCGGCCGAGCGUUGCAGCGCGAACAUUUUCCCAGACUGAGGAGCUGGAGCGCCUGGAGCAGUCCAUCACCCUGACUCUUCAAGAGAUCGAUCACAACUUUAGCAAAGCACACCGAAUAGUUACGACAAGCAUCCUGCCAGUGGUGGAGCAAUAUGGUGAAAACUCCAAAGCAAUAUGGGAAGCGUCCAAGUUUUGGAAACAAUUUUUCGAAGCAUCGGCCAAUGUCUCCUUGUCUGGAUACGAGGAGCUAGCCAACGACGAGUCGACAGUCAUGGACGACGAGAGCACAGCAAUGCGAGACGACGGAGACGCAUCGAGCCACGCACACGGAGACGAGGAUGAGACACCCAGCCGACAUCACAGCCGCCGAGAUGUUGAAGACGACGACGACGAAUCGAUGCUCGAUGACGCCGAGCUGGCGGGGAGCACACCACGGCCUGCCGCGUCCAGGGUCGCCCGGACGCCCACCGAGUCCCCCUACGAAGCCAUGCGCCGCGAGAUGAAGGACGAAGAAGGCGGCCGCGGCGGCGCGACGGUCCUCGAUGAGGAGGAUGACGAGGAGGAGGAGGAGGAGGAGGACUCGUCGAUCCUGUUCGCGCAGCAGACCGCCCGCCUGCCGGAUGUGACGCUGACGCCCAAGGCGCUGCUGGACCGGCGCAACAUGGACCCGUCGACGGGCGGCAAGGACCCGCUGCUGCAUCGCGUGCUCGACAAGAACUACAGGAUACAGGCUACGCCGCACAAGCCGACCGCCAAGGGCACGCCGGUACGAGGUCAGGCGGCGGCGGCGUGGCAGGACUCGCCGGCAUCGUCGCCGGAGAUGGCGAUCCCCAAGCUGCGCAGCGAGGCGUUCAUGUCGCCGUACAAGUCGCUGACCGCCGCGGGCCGCGCCGGCUCAGCAGCUGCCGCCGCCGAGGGGUCGCGACGACGGUUCACGCCGGGGCGCGGGGCGGCGGCUGCGUCGUCGUCGGUGUCGCGGGGGCCGAGGACGCCGGGCGUGAGCGUGCAGACGCCGAUGAGCAGGAAGACAAGGCAGGCGCUGGCGGACGGCUCGCUCAAGGGCAAGCAAAAGUACGAGAUUGACUGGGAGAGCGACGAGGACGACGAUGACGACCUGUACGGCGGCAUGAGCCCACCCAAGACGAUACAGUUUGCGCUGCCGCCGUCCAAGCUAUUACAAACACCAGCUAUCAAUCAAGUCACGAUUAACGAUGGAUGCAAGGAGUAA